CAGUAACCAACUUUAUAUAACUAAAUUUAAAAUUCAUUAUUAUUGGAUUCAUUUAUAUUAAUUUAUACAUAAUGUCGGCACUAAAUGAAGUAUAUAUAGUAUCGGUAGCCAGAACUCCAAUCGGAUCAUUCCGGGGCUCAUUAUCGGCCCUAACGGCCCCUCAAUUGGGCUCCAUUGCAAUCAAAGGAGCGCUUGAGAGGGCCGGUAUUAGGGGCGCCGAUGUGGAUGAGGUCUACUUUGGUAAUGCACUGCAGGCAGGUCUGGGACAAGCACCGGCCAGACAAGCGGCACUGGGGGCCGGCAUACCCAACACCACUGCCUGCACUACAAUCAACAAAAUGUGUUCCUCCAGUACUAAAGCCAUUAUAAUCGCCGCUCAAACCAUACAGUGCGGCGCCAAUCACGUGGUACUCACGGGUGGCACAGAAUCCAUGUCCAACGCACCCUACUAUCACACCAGAGGGGACACACCUUAUGGCGGAAUCACGUUAAAGGAUAGCAUAGCUUUCGACGGACUCUUGGAUGUCUACACUCAGCUAUCUAUGGGGUUAUGCGCAGAGAAUUUGUCUAAAAAGUUAGAUAUUAGUCGUGCGGACAGUGACGCCCACGCCAUCGACCAAUACCGGCGCAGUUGUCACUCGUCCCAAACCGGUCUCUACGCCAAAGAGAUAGUGGCCGUCACUAUAGAGGGCACCAAAGGUUGUCCUCGCGUUACAAUAGACACCGAUGAGGAACUGUCGCGAGUUAUCUACGAGAAGAUACCGACUCUGAAAGCGUCGUUCAAAGAGGACGGAGUGAUUACCGCUGCGACUACCGGUGCUUUCAGCGAUGGCGCCGCAGCGCUGGUACUUAUGUCCGGCAAAGCUGUACAGAAAUAUGGAGUCAAACCGUUGGCCAAGAUUGUGGCCACAGCUGAUGCCGGUGUUGAUCCCAUUGACUUCGGACUGGCCCCCUCUUUCGCCGUUCCUAAACUACUGGAAAAGGCUGGUCUGACAGGGGAACGGAUAGCCCACUAUGAACUGAACGAGCCGUUCAGUUGUGUGGGUUUAGCUAAUCUGAAGCACUUGGGUCUCAUGAGUCGCGCGGACAAAGUGAACCCAAAUGGUGGUUCAGUAGCGUUGGGACACCCAUUGGGGUUUUCUGGCGCUCGUAUUGUUUCUCAUUUGGCACUGAAUCUGAGACCCAAUGAGUACGGCGUGGCCUCCACUUGCAAUGGGGGUGGAGGCGCCUCCGCUUUGUUACUCCAGAGUAUGAGUUAAAGAGUUUGGAUAUGAAUUAAUAAGUUAUAUGUUUUCGUAGUG